AUGGAGGCGGCAAUCAGGUGGUCACCGCACUCGACGCAGGCCGAUCCUCGGUUUAUAAUCAUCGAUAUUGCAAGCAAUCGACUACGUCUGUGUCAGAUUGAUGAGUUCAGUAAGAGCAAGGUCAAUUACAAACAAAUAUGUAUCCGCGACAAGCUGCCAAACUACACGGCCUUUGACUGGUCGAAGAAAGACCCAAAUUUGGUUGCGAUAGGAUCAACUUCUGGAGAGGCUACCCUCGUUGCACUUGACCCAGACAAGCCUGACAGCGACUACAUCCACUCUUUCUCCAUACGACACCAAAGAAAAUGCAACGCAAUUGCCUUUAGCUCGAAGAACCUCUUGGCAGCUGGUCUAGACAGAGUGCGCAAUGAUGUUUGCCUCAACAUCUACGAUAUGAAUGAUUCACGAGUCACGGCCAAGGAUGAUCCUUACAAGAAACUGGCAAGCUCGGAGGCCGUUUCGAGUAUCAAGUUCUUUGAUAGGCAACCAGAAAUGCUCGUCGCUGGUGUGUCGAGGCAAUAUGUGCGCAUCUACGAUUUGAGAGACUCGAGUACAACAGGCAUUGCACAGUUUCAGACGCGCCAAGUACAUAACAUUGCCAUAGAUCCCAUGGACGAGAAUUACUUUUUGUCAGCGGGCUCGGCAGGCGAUCCAACUGUGACAGUAUGGGAUGCACGUUUUGUCAAGCAGCGUGCAACUUCUGGUGACAGUACGAGCAGCGGCGCCGUCUUAGACUUCAAGCCUAUCGUAGACAACUCGCAAUCCGCAUCAAUAUGGAGUCUUCGGUAUUCUGGAACCAAGAGAGCGACGUUCGGUGUGCUUGCCAAUACUGGCGAAUUUAAAGUCAUUGAACUUGCUCAGCACUCUCACCAGCCCACAGAAACUGCAGAUACUCCAUUUGCACGUGCAUGGGCGUCUCCUUACUACACUAAAACAAUGCAUCACCUGCGGUACCCAGCGCAUGGCAAGGAGUAUCGGCAAAGUAACAAACAACGUAUAGUAGCGUACGAUUUUAUGAGUGUUGGCAGCCCACUUGAAGGACAAUGUGCACUGGGUCUUCAUUCCAACCGCGAAGUUGAAGUGCUCAAAGUACCAUUAUCACCUCCACGACUCAACGUUAGUGCUUUCGAGGAGAUUUACAAAGAUCGCACUUGCAUUGCCAAGGCGACUCCACCAAAUGGCACAGUCGCGGAAGAUAUGAUUGCAUUGCAGAAACGAGCGCUGCGCGAAAAGCAGAGAAGCGAUGCUGGAAACGAAGCAGAUCUAUCAGCGAGCAUAGACAGUUUACAGAUAAGUGCUAGCCAACCGGAGCUCCCUCGACUUGAAGAGGGACUCGACGUCAAACUUCCACUUUCAGAUUUCCUCGCUAUACUCCAAGUACCCAAAAGGCGAGUGCAGGAGGGUUACUCGCUCAACUGCGCUAAGAACAAAGCGGUCGUUGCCAACAACCCGCUCCUAGUCGAUGCAUGGACAUUAGUGGAAAGAAUGGAUGCCCAUGCUUCAGGAGACGGUAUGGUAGGCAACGGACUUGACCUGAAGUACCUCGGUGUAAGCUCGAUAUGGGCCAACGAACUGACAAUGUACGACGAACGACUGAUCGACCCGGACGCAAAAACAAGCCAAGAAAUGUUCCACGAUGCGGUGAAGGAGAUUGUCGAAGCAAUGGAAUUACCUCCUUUCCAAGGCGUAUCCACUGAAUACCCAGAGAACCGCCAACUCUGCCUCAGUCUUUGCGGUUGGUCAUUGGAAGAAUCCGGCGUCCAAAAGACAUGCAACGAUCUCGUUUCCGCCGGCGAAAUCUACAAAGCCAUUGUCCUCGCCGUCUUCCAGGGCUACAAAGACAUUGCCCUGGCACUCCUCCGUAGCACACUUACCGCGAAAAAGCUUCCAAAAGACGACAUCAGCCUCGCAGCCGUCAUAGCCUGCGCCUCACCCUCCUCGGGCGUCUCAGCCGACCAACGCGAAGCCUGCGCCUGGAUGGCUGACAUGACACCAAACCCGUAUCUCAAAUCCCUCCUAACCUACUUCAUAACCGGUGACUGGACCAGCGUAGUCCAUAUGCCGCAAAUCUCGCUCCACGACCGUGUCGCCGUAGCCCUAAAAUACCUCCCAGACUCGUCCCUCUCCACCUUCCUCACCUCCGCUACAAACACCGCCAUCCGCACGGGUGACAUAUCCGGGCUCCUCCUCACAGGUCUCACUGCGCGCUCCCUCGACCUCCUCACCGUCCACAUAUCCCAGCAACCCAGCUCGGGCUUGCAAAACGCAGUUUUGCUACUAAGCCGUGCUUGUCCCCUAUACAUCCAAGACCCGCGCUGGACGCUCUGGAAAGACACAUACCUCGAGCACCUCCAAACCUACCGCACCUUCCUCGAACGCACCCGCUACAUAAAAGAACACAACCAACUCUCCGUCACGCGCGAAGGCCGCAGCGUAAACAAACCCCAACAACCCAGCCUCACAAUCCGCUGUCUAAACUGCCAACAAAACCUCGCACUAAGAAAAGAUGCAAAAACAGCAAAAGGGCGUUUACUCCCUACUUUCACCUCUACACCCGCUGCCUCCUCAACACCCGGUCUCCACUGCCCCAAUUGCUCCGCCCAAAUGCCGCGUUGUGCCCUCUGCAUGUUGUGGCUCGGUACCCCGGAUCCAGCCCGCCAGGGAGGCUACGAGACGCUCAAGGGAGAGGAUCGAGAGGCGAGGCUCAUGGUUUUUUGUAUGAGUUGUACGCAUGGAUUUCAUGGCCAUCAUGCUAGGGAUUGGUUUGCGAGACAUGCUAUGUGUCCUGUGCCGGAUUGUGGGUGUAUGUGUGGGUUGAUGAGGUGA